AUGUUAUCUGCAUUGGUGCCUCGAUUAUCCCAACUCUCCGUCCGAAAUGUUUCUAUGACACCAAAAUUAAGGUAAGUUUUGAUACUGAGUAAUUUACCGUUGUUAGUUCUUCUGUAUUCACCAAAAAGCAGAAAAAAAUGGAUCCUGAGAUUGCCAAGGCUAGAGAAACAAGACGACGAAGGAAACUGACUCGAGAAAUCCGAGAGAUGAUGAAGCACAGCAAGAAACCUAAGCCAGUUACAGAACUCACUAUCGACGUUAAAUCGGCGAGGAAUAUAGAGUUAGUAGAAUUAGGAAAGGUCUAAUUUAAUUUAGUCAGAGGUACCGAGAGCCCGUGGUUUUGACUGAAGCCGAGAUUGACCAGAGGGCUGUUAUUUCGAAGGCCUACAAUACGAGUAGGAAUGCUCUUGUCAGAGAUGAUAUCAAAUGGAUCCAGCGGUCUAUGCAGGAUCAAGAUAAUGCGUUGAAGCUGUUAAAGUUGUUGUCUCCAGACCUCUAUGCCGAGGCAGUAAAAUUGCCGGACACCAUUCAUAUCUAUAGUGGCAAAGGCCCGGUUCUGACGCCGCCGUUGAAGAAUUACAGAAGCCCUGAUGGAGAUCAUGAGGACACUACUAGGACUUGGGAAUAG